CCGUCUGCCGCAGCAUGAACGUGAUCUACCCUCUUGCGGUGCCCAAGGGGCGCCGGCUCUGCUGUGAGGUGUGCGAAGCUCCGGCCGAGCGGGUCUGCGGGGCCUGCACAGUCACUUAUUACUGUGGUGUGGUUCAUCAAAGAGCUGAUUGGGGCAGCAUCCAUGAGAAGAUAUGUCAGCUCCUGAUUCCCCUGCGCACUUCCAUGCCCUUCUACAACUCAGAGAAAGAACGGCAGCAUGGCCUGCAGCAGCUGCAGCAGCGGCAGAAGCAUUUGAUCGAAUUUUGCUACACCGUAGCCCAGAAAUAUAUCUUUGAAGGAAAACAUGAAGAUGCUGUCCCGGCAGCUUUGCACUCUCUUCGCUUCCGCAUGAGUGUUCAUGGCCUGAGUUCAGUAGAGCUGGUACCUGCUUACCUGCUGUUGGCCGAGGCCAGCCUUGGUCUGGGCCGGAUCGUCCAGGCUGAGGAAUAUCUAUCCCAAGCGCAGUGGACAGUCCUCAAAUCAACUGAAUGUUGUUAUGCCACCCACUCCUUACUGCAUCGGAACCUGGGACUUCUCUACAUGGCUAAGGAAAACUAUGAGGAAGCCCGUUAUCAUCUGGCCAAUGAUAUUUAUUUCGCCAGUUGUGCAUUUGGAACAGAGCACGUCAGGACCUCAGGAGGCUACUUCUACCUGGCUAAUAUCUUCUAUGGCCUUAAAAAGUUGGACCUGGCAGACACAUUGUACACCAAGGUCUCUGAGAUCUGGAAUAAAUAUUUGAACAAUCACUAUCAAGUCCUCUCACAGGCUCGCACCCAACAAAUAGAUCUAUUAGGCAAGCAAUUUGAGACCGACACUGGCUUGGAUGAAGCCCAGGAAGCAGAAGCCAUUCAGAUCCUGACUUCAAUCUUGAACAUUCGAGAAUCUACAUCUGACAAAGCCCCCCAAAAAACAAUCUUUGUUCUAAAAAUCCUGUUCAUGCUUUACUACCUGAUGAUGAAUUCUUCAAAGGCAAAGGAAUACGCCAUGAGAGCCCUGGAUCUAGCCAAAGAACAGCAGCUCAGUGUCCAUGAACAAAACACCAUUCAAGACUUACUAAAUCUCAUCUCAGCUGAGGAAGCUCAUCCCAUUACAUAGUGACCCAAGAGCUCUGCAUCAUGGACUAUUGAGCAUCUAAUGUAUUCCAGCCUUGCAUAGCUGCUUUGAGGUGCUAUGAAUUGCUGAAGUGCCCACCCUCUUCCCCUGGGAUUGCACUCAUAGCUGUGUUUUUAUUGUUUCACAGCAUAUGU